UAUGCAUAUCUUACACCGGACCAAUGACCAUCAAUUCGAGGAUCAAAAAUUCAUGAUGGAACGCCUUAGUGGACAUGGUAGCUUGGGUCUCUCGAGUAGUAGUCCUGCUUAUACAACCCAUUCAGGAGGACAUUCAGGCAGAGGUGGUCCAACUUCUGGACACAGUGGGCACAGUGGCACCCAUGGGUCGGCAGCUACCAUGCAUCAUCAAUCACUGCAGUCUGAUUUUCAACCUCCAUACUUUCCACCACCUUUCCACCACUCAGCUCAAAGCCCUCCUCAGCAACAGAAUCACGGACCGCUCGAGUACUUGGGUACGGAUCCAUACGGACAACCGCUGUCUUCAUUGCACCAUGCUCCUCUUCAUCAUUACAAUCAGUUGGCGGGCCUUAGGUCUACACAGGAUCAACUGGGUAUCCACAGAACCCAUAGGGACGCUGAGCUGCAAGGACAUGUUACUCAACUGUCACAUGGUUUUCCGUACACGGAGCGAAGAAGUGAUUACGGCAGUGCAAUAUCAGCAGGAGCAGCACACGGCACCAGACUUGGACAUGAGCAUGAAUCCCUGGCCUUACAUCAAGCGUUGCAAAACGCAGUUGAUGAUGUCCAAGCUCCAGCCCUUGAUGACAACGUAGCUUUUAUGUCAGAUUUACCUCUAAUAAAAAGCAUGAAAAGUGGGAAGGACGCUGGAAACCUAGGCUCAGGGUCGCCAAGUGAAGUAUUUUGCGCAGUCCCAGGUCGACUCAGUCUUCUGUCGAGUACUUCGAAAUAUAAGGUUACAAUUGCGGAAGUUCAGCGUAGAUUGUCACCGCCCGAGUGCUUAAACGCAUCCCUACUGGGAGGCGUUCUAAGAAGAGCGAAGAGCAAAAAUGGAGGCAGAUUAUUAAGGGAAAAGCUUGAAAAGAUUGGACUAAACCUACCAGCCGGACGCCGAAAAGCAGCAAACGUAACACUGUUAACAUCUUUAGUCGAGGGAGAAGCAACACACUUGGCCAAAGAUUUUCACUUUGUUUGUGAAACUGAGUUUCCAGCCAGACAAUUGGCAGAGUAUAUUGUGCGCCAUCAAACCGAACCCCAGGAUUCAUAUAGACGGAAAGAGCUCAUCCUUCACUCGCAACAAAUUACAAAAGAAUUGAUGCAAAUAUUGAGCCAAGAUCGAACCACACACUUUGGAACAAGGUCACAGCAUUUAUUGGAGCCUUCAAUGCAGCGUCACUUAACACACUUCUCCUUGAUAACGCACGGAUUUGGUUCUCCUGCAAUUAUUGCCGUACUGCACGCUUUUCAGACGUUUCUUAAUGAAUCUUUAAACUAUUUGGAAAAAUUAUACCCUUCAAAUGGAGGCGGAAUGGUAUCCUCAUCUCUGGAUAAAAGUAAAAUUGACAACGAUAAGAAAUGAUAGACUACAUUGCAACAAACUCGUAAUUUAACAAAUCUUAUAAUACAAAAUUAGGUACAAUAUAUAUUCUAAUAAGUAAUAAAUUAUUGUAUAUUUAUUUAAUUUAGUGUAAAUUAUUGGAAAUUUGUAAAACCGUAAUUUUUAGGUACAUAUUAAAUACAUAUGUACAUACACUGAAAUGUAUUAUGAUUUCUUAAAAUUAGGAAAUUGAAUCAACUUAUUUCCGUCAGAAGUUGCCAAGGGGUUUACAACACUUAAAACACAAAUAUCCGGGUUUUAUUUUUUAAGUAUUCUACUA